GUGGGUGGCAGCAGCAGCAGAGGCGACCUCCAGGCCGCUGCCCGGCCCUCAGGACCCCACAGGUAUGCCUGGUGGGUCUCGGCAGCUCCCAUGGCGUUCCUGUCCCGCUUCUCCAGGAAUGGCACCAGGUCACCCAGCAGGAGCUCUCGGGAGGAGCGCAACCACCACCCCAUCCUCAGCGUCUUUGAGCUGGAGAGGCUGCUGUACACAGGAAAGACAGCCUGUAACCAUGCUGAUGAGGUCUGGCCAGGACUCUACCUGGGCGAUCAAGAUAUAGCGGCCAACCGCCGGGAGCUGGCUCAGCUGCGCAUCACCCACGUCCUCAACGCCUCGCACAGCAGGUGGAGGGGCGGCGCCGAGUACUACGAGGGCACGGGCAUCCGCUACCUGGGCAUCGAGGCCCACGACUCGCCCUCCUUCGACAUGAGCCCCUACUUCUACCCUGCCGCCGACUUCAUCCACCAGGCGCUGAACGAAGGAAGGAUCCUUGUGCACUGUGCUGUCGGGGUGAGCAGGUCGGCCACCUUGGUCCUCGCCUACCUCAUGAUCCGCCACCACAUGCCCCUUGUAGAAGCCAUAAAGACGGUCAAGGACCACCGUGGUAUCAUCCCCAACCGGGGCUUCCUGCGCCAGCUGGUCGCCCUGGACAAUGCCCUGAGGCUGAAGAGGAGUGUGUGAAGGAGGAGAGAGGGUUUGUGUGGUGGGGGCGUUGUGUGUGUGGUGCUGCCGACCCCGAUGCCCGCUGAGUGCCAGCGACAGGGCGUUCCUCACGCCGCAGAUGCUUGGCAGCUAAAGGGUUACCUGUCACUGGCCCCUGGGCCUGCCCCUCAGCAAAGGGGGUCCCCAGACGUGCGAGCUAUUCCCAGUGGUACAGCAUAGGCCCUCAACCUCCAGUGUUGCCACCUAGGUAGGCCUAACUCUAGCCUCCUUCCCAGCCCGCUCGCUCCAAGAUGCCUCUGGAGGGACUCAGCCCUGUGUUUCAGGUUAUUCCCUAUCCCUGUUGGCUCCAGGAAGCCUUCAAGGCUUCUUCUCCCAUGUGGCAGAAGUGUUUGCUAAGCCAGUCCUGUCCCUCCUCCCAGGAGACUGAAGCUCUCUGUGUUCCUUGUCCUGUUUCCCAUUCGUUUUUGGUCUGUGUAGCAAUGUGAAUUAGGUCUGGUGUGUGGGCUCAGGCCUUUUGUCGUAGUGUUUGAUGUCCUCCACGCCUAGUGUUAACCUGACAAAAUAAAGGCAGCACUAAG